AUAGAUGAUCGUGCAGUCCGGGCGGGAGGUGGCUGCAGCGCAGCGUGAGACUCGGUGCUGCCUGUUUGGACCCCGCGCGCGCCCAGCGAGUCUCCCCAGGUUGCAGGGGCGGAAGGCGCAGGUGGCGGCUGAGCAGGAGCUGGAUCAGGAGCCGGAACGCGCGCUGCAGGGAGGAAGGCGGCCGGGAGCGCGUGGCGGCAGCCCUCCCCUCCGCUCCCCUCCCGCUGCCGCGCAGAGCUUGGAGCAGCCGGGGGCUCUCAACCGCGGCUCCUCCUCCAUCUCCGCCCUCGCUCCCUCGGUCUGCUGUGGCCAUGGCCCACGGCUGGAGCACAAAGGCGGCUCCGCGGUGGUGGAGGUCUGCGUGGGUCCUGCUCUUCCUCGCGGGGGCGUGCGGAAAUGGUACUCUUGCAGAACAUUCUGAAAAUGUGCAUAUUUCAGGAGAGUCAACUGCUUGUGGAGAGACUCCAGAACAGAUUCGAGCACCAAGUGGUACCAUCACAAGCCCAGACUGGCCUUCCGAAUAUCCUGCCAGAAGUAACUGUAGCUGGUUAAUAAGGGCAAAUCCAGGGGAGAUCAUUACUGUAAGCUUUCAGGAUUUUGACAUUCAGGGGUCCAGAAGAUGCAAUUUGGACUGGUUGGCGAUAGAAACAUACAGGAAUCUUGAAAGUUACAGGGCUUGUGGUGGCACCCUCCCACCACCAUAUAUUUCUUCACAAGACCACAUCUGGAUCAGAUUCCGCUCCGAUGACAGUGUCUCUAGAAAGGGCUUCAGACUGACAUAUUUUUCAGGGAAACCCGAGGAAUCCAACUGUGCUUGUGAUCAGUUUCAUUGUGGGAAUGGAAAGUGUAUACCUGAAGUGUGGAAGUGUAAUAACAUGGAUGAAUGUGGGGAUAAUUCUGACGAAGAAAUCUGUGCCAGAGAAGCUAGUAAACCUCCCACAUCUGCUUCUUUCCAACCCUGUGCUUACAACCAGUUCCAAUGUCUCUCUCGAUUUACCAAAGUUUACACUUGCCUCCCAGAAUCCUUAAAAUGCGAUGGCAACAUUGACUGCCUCGACCUUGGUGAUGAGAUAGACUGUGAUGUGCCAACUUGUGGACAGUGGCUGAGAUACUUUUAUGGUACUUUUAACUCUCCCAAUUACCCAGACUUUUAUCCACCUGGAAGCAACUGCACCUGGUUAAUUGACACGGGUGACCAUCGUAAAGUCAUCCUACGUUUCACUGACUUUAAACUCGAUGGUACUGGUUAUGGGGAUUAUGUCAAAAUUUACGAUGGCUUAGAGGAGAACCCACACAAGCUUCUGCGAGUAUUGACUGCUUUUGAUUCUCAUGCGCCUCUUACAGUUGUUUCUUCUUCUGGACAGAUAAGGGUACAUUUUUGUGCCGAUAAAGUCAAUGCUGCAAGAGGGUUUAAUGCGACUUACCAAGUAGAUGGCUUCUGUUUGCCUUGGGAAAUACCCUGUGGUGGGAACUGGGGGUGUUACACUGAACAGCAACGUUGUGAUGGUUACUGGCACUGCCCAAACGGGAGAGAUGAAAUCAAUUGUACCAUGUGCCAGAAGGAAGAGUUCCCCUGUUCCCGAAAUGGCGUCUGCUAUCCUCGUUCUGAUCGCUGCAACUACCAGAAUCACUGCCCAAAUGGCUCGGAUGAAAAAAACUGCUUUUUUUGCCAGCCAGGAAACUUCCACUGUAAAAACAAUCGCUGUGUAUUUGAAAGUUGGGUGUGUGAUUCUCAAGAUGACUGUGGCGAUGGCAGUGACGAGGAGAACUGCCCUGUGAUUGUGCCCACCAGGGUCAUAACUGCAGCCGUCAUAGGGAGCCUCAUUUGUGGCCUCCUGCUGGUCAUUGCCCUGGGAUGCACCUGCAAGCUUUACUCUCUGAGAAUGUUUGAACGGAGAUCAUUUGAAACACAGUUGUCAAGAGUGGAAGCAGAAUUGUUAAGAAGAGAAGCUCCUCCCUCCUAUGGGCAGUUGAUUGCUCAGGGUUUAAUUCCACCAGUUGAAGAUUUUCCUGUUUGUUCACCUAAUCAGGCAUCUGUUUUGGAAAACCUGAGGCUCGCGGUACGGUCUCAGCUUGGAUUUACUUCAAUCAGGCUACCCAUGGCUGGCAGAUCUAGUAACAUUUGGAAUCGCAUUUUUAAUUUUGCAAGAUCACGUCACUCAGGGUCGCUAGCUUUGGUUUCCGCAGAUGGAGAUGAGGUUGUCCCCAGUCAGAGUACCAGCAGAGAAUCUGAAAGAAAUCAUACUCACAGAAGUUUGUUCUCCGUGGAGUCUGAUGACACAGACACAGAAAAUGAGAGAAGAGCUACAGCUGGAGCCUCUGGUGGGGUUGCUGCUCCAUUGCCCCAGAAAGUCCCUCCCACAACGGCAGUGGAAGCAACAGUGGGAGCAGGUGGAAAUUCCUCGAAUCAGAGUACCCGUGGGGGUCACACAGAUAAUGGAAGGGAAGUGACAGAUACAGAGCCCCCAAGCGUGAGUCCAGCACGUCACCAGCUCACAAGUGCACUGAGUCGUAUGACUCAAGGGCUUCGGUGGGUCCGUUUCACAUUGGGGCGGUCCAGCACCGCACAGCAGAACCAGAGCCCUUUAAGACAACUUGACAACGGGACACAUGGAGGAGGAGAAGAAGAUGAUGAUGUGGAAAUGCUCAUUCCAGUUUCUGAUGGAGCUUCGGAUUUGGAUGGGAAUGACUGCUCCAGACCUCUUCUUGGUCUUGCCUCAGAGCAAGGACAAGGCUUUAGACAAACGCAGGGUGUAGCAAUCCCUGGAGGAAGGCCAAGUCAUCGAGAUGGACCCUGUGAGCGCUGUGGGAUUGUCCACACUGCCCAGAUACCAGACACUUGCCUCGAAGCCACACUGAAAAACGAGACCAGUGAUGAUGAGGCUUUGUUACUUUGCUAGGUACUUAUCACUAAAGGGAGAUUGUAUGACUUAAGGGAGAUUGGUUAGUACACAAGUUGGAGCAAUAUCCAUUCAUUGCUUUGUAACUCUACAAGUUACACACUAGUUUUCAUUUCAGACAAAGAUGCAGGAUGAUUCUGUUGUGAUCCUGCAUGGUUGAAUUCAGCAAACUUGUAACUCUAUGAACUUUUAGAGUUCGCUGUUUUAGCAGCUAACAGUUAUGUUCCUAUUGUUUAGUAAUGUUCUUCCAUUCUUUUCUCAUUGUCUUUAUCCUGGUCCUGCCAUUCAUGUAGAUAGAUCAAUGGCUGCUGAAAAAUCAUUUGACUGUCACUUAUCUAUCCUAUGUUAAAAAGACUUGUACAAGGUAAUAUCUUCUUUUAACUGAACCCAUUAUGCUUUGCCAAUACAUCUUGUAACUUGAGAUACUAGAUGUUAUGGUUGUUAACAUACAAAAGGAAAUAGAAAACCUUCUCUUAUCUGUGUUUUUAUUUAGAUAGCAUCUGUCUGAAUAUUGUUGCAUUUUAUUAUAAUAUGAGCUUGUCAAAGAGAAAAAAACUUCAAAGAGAUUUAACAUGCAGUAAUGAAAUUUAGAUAGAUUGAGAUAAAUUAAUGACAAGAGCAAAAACUUUUGUAGAUUUUUGUAAUACUGAAUUUACCAUACUCUAGUAAUGGUACAAACCAAACAGUAAACUCCCAAGUUAUUUCUUGUGUCAUUCUGGUGAAGGGACAGGAGUACGCAGAUGAAGAAGAUAUUCUACUAUGCAUUGAAUCUUGAACUUUAUAAAAUAUGUACAAGAAUUGUACACGAUGAAGUUCCAGUUGGUAACGUCUUUCCCUGAUAUGAGGUUUUGCUCAUAUUGGACCUUAGGAAUUUGCACUAAAAUCAUACCAAGGACUCAGAUGAGUUUAGUGCAAAAGCACUAUCACUUUAAAUACUAUUAUUUGCUAUCACAAUGACUAUAUAUUUCCAUAGCUUUUGGGGAGCUGAGGGGGGCAUUUUUAUUACAACUUGAAGUUGCUUUGCUAGUUUCAUAUUUAUUUGUUGUAUUUAAAGACUGCAUCAUUGUAAGCAAGUGAUUUUUCAAUAUAUUUUAUUCAUGGGGAGAUUGUGCUCCAUGUUGAAGAAAAGCACGCUAAAAUCUUUCAGAUCCACCCCCCUCUUUCAUGAGUAGAGUGAAUUGAAAAACUCUGCAUAUUUUUUUAUCGUCUGUUCCUGUUUAUUUAUUCUUUAGCUGUCUGUUUUGAGUAGUUUAAUGAUUGGGUAUGAAAAAUGUACUCGUGUGAUUAUUGCUAUUUAUUAAAUUUUCAGUACUUUGCUGAAUGUCAUCUUAAAGCAUGUUUGAGGUCUUGUGUAUUUGUCCUGUUAUGCUAUCAGGAAGAACUGACUGAAAAUGUUUUACUAUGUAUAAAAAAUUAAAAUUACUUUUUUUGUA